CCCUCUGAUGACUGAGAGGCGGAACGACAGAGUGGUUCAGAGAAGAAAGGUCGUAGGUGUGCUGACAACAAAUUUGGCUAAACUAGACUACAGUAACUCCACCGCUUUGAAUUUUAUCACCUACCCGUUUUUUAAAAAGUAUUAUCCGUUUUGAAUUUCAGGUUUUGACAAGAGUUUUGAGUUGACCCAGCGUCAGUUAGAGACUGUAGCAACAAUAAGGCGGUGUGGACCAGAUCGAGGAGGAAAUUAUCAUCCCCGUUUCGACAUUAUCACAACAUCUGGCUUUUAUUUGCGGACCCACAAAACGAAGAAGCCUCUUUAAGUGGAUUCGUCAAGAAGUUUGUAUUGAUUAAGCUUACUUUAUCAGCUCCGGGUUUCAGUUAGUGUUAUAACAACAACAGCAGGCUCGUGUAGCCGUUUUGAGUGUCGAUAGUUUCACACGGGAAAUGAACUUAAGCCUUUUUGUUUUGCACUUGCAACAGUUAGCUAACUUCUCGCACUAUUGUGGUCCAUAUUCCUAACGUGACUCUGUGGACGUGGGUGAAUGCAACGCCUCGUCUCUUCGGGUGUUGCCUGCCUGCCUGGCUGACUGGCUGUCUGUCGACCCUCUGCAGCAGCACGCUGCUGCUGCUGCUGCUCCGCCUGCUGCUGUGGUUUCCUGUCUCUCCUGACGCCGUUUGAAUCUAAAAGACAUCGAUUUUUUUUAUUUGGUUUUAAUGCAGCUGCUCAUGUGUGCUGAACAGUAGCACGAUGGGAUCCCUGAAGGCUCUCCAGGAGUGGUGUCGGAUACAGUGCGAGAACUACAACGAUGUGGAAAUCAGGGACAUGUCCGCGUCCUUUCGGGACGGCUUGGCGUUUUGUGCCAUCAUACACCACCACAGACCAGAUCUAAUAGAAUUUGAUUCACUGUCUAAAGAAAACGUCUAUGAGAACAACCGUCUGGCGUUUGAGGUGGCGGAGGUGGAGCUGGGGAUUCCAGCCCUGCUGGACCCAGAAGACAUGGUGUCCAUGAAAGUCCCGGACCGGCUGAGCGUCAUCACAUAUGUGUCUCAGUACUAUAACUUUUUUAACAACAAGUCCCAAGCAAACCCCCCGUCUAUGAAGAGGCUCAGUACGGUCAGCCAUAAUGAACCAGCUCAAAAAAGGCCGUUGACUCCUUUGGAAGACAAAGGGGUUGAGCCUCAGACCGGUGCAGAGGUGGCUGCAGCUGCUAAGCGCAGCAGUCUGAGCAGCACUUGUGCUGCUUGCCAGAAACACGUUCACCUGGUACAGAGGUUCCUCAUCGAUGGCAAGCUCUACCAUCGGAACUGUUUCAGGUGCACAGAGUGCCGCAGCACUCUACUUCCUGGAUCCUACAAAGGAAAUAACUCCGGGGCGUUGGUGUGUACACACCAUCUUUCAAGACACGCUUCAGCCAGUCAGAACGGCCGUCCAGAUCUCAGCAAGAAACCAGAGGAGGUUCAGUCUGCUCGGACCGGUCGCAGUGGAGCUCCCUUCCCCGCGCUCUCUGAGAGGGAUGAGGCGAAGACCCCUUCUCCAGUUCGCUCCACAAGCACCGACACGCCAGCUGAUGACUCGGUCACAGCCACUGCUGUAGUAACAAGCAAGGAAGAGUCUUUGGGUGAAGAAGAGGAGGAAUCGUGUCCUUCCUCUCCUCCUAAUCCUUUCGAUGAGAGUGAUGAAGAGGAGGGCGAAAUAGAGGAAGAAACUCAAGCUGAAGAAGCUUCAAACGGGGAUCUUCCUCCUCCCUCCAAUGGCGAAGCUGCUGAAGCCAGUCGACCUGUUCCUGCACCCAGGAGGGUGUCAGAGGUCACCCCUCCUCCUCGCCCAGCGCCUCGGGUUCGGAUGUCCUGCACCGCAAACAGCUCCCCAGCCGGUGAACAUCUGAAGCCUCCCACUCCUCCCAAACCAAGAGAAAGAUCACAGUCUCCUGGAAGUGGCAUCCAUAAACCUAAAGACCCACCUUGGCUUGCCCUGGUCCAAUCAGAAACUAAGAGGAAGAAAGCCCCUCCUCCUCCCCCUCCUGGAGUGGCAACGCCUCCAAACUCGGGCUCUCUGUCUUCUCUCCAAGCGGAGGGCUCUGGACCCGGCACACCCGCCAACCCAUUUGAGGAUGAGGACGAUGAAGUCGACGAAGAAGAGGGAAGCGAUGGAGGAACAGCUCCACCCACAGUGGCGGCCACCCACCCAUGGUACAGCAUUACCCAGACACCUGAGGGGGCAGGUUCAGAGGUCAUGCCCAGAACAGGAAGUUCGUCCCGCUCUGCCAGCCCGGGCAGCGCGAAGAGCAAGAAAAGGCCGGCCCCUCGGGUUCCCCCCCAACCGCCUACUGGGAACCAAGCUCUCAGCAUAGAGAGUUUGUCUUCCUCCUCAGACCACAGCUCCUCCCAGCUCCCACUGGGCACCAGCAGCGACCAGGAGCAGAGCUUCAGCAAGAGCGUCUCGGAGCCGUCCAUCUUGUUACCUGGCGACAAUCAGUCUCCCUCGUCCUCAGCAGAUCUCCUGAACCACUCCUCCCAAAGCUCCUCUCCGUCUACUUUGCCUCCCAAUGCCAGCUCCGCUCCGGCCACUCCGCAGAGCAGUCGCAACACUGGAGCCAAGCCGCCUCGACCGACCACCACUCCCAGCCCGCUGACCACGCAGACACACAACAAAAAGUUUUGUAAGGAGAAUCCCUUCAACAGGAAAGCUUCUCCUUCCAAUGCCAAGUCUGAAACUCAACCUUCCAAAGGUCCUCGUCCUGCCAGACCCCCGGCACCAGGACACGGCUUCCCACUUAUCAAACGCAAGGUGCAGUCGGAUCAGUACAUCCCAGUAGAGGACAUCCAUGCGGAGUUGCUUCAGCUGGAGAAGCAGCUGGAUGAGCUGGAGCAGAGAGGGGUGGAGCUGGAGAAGAAGCUCAGAGACACUCCUAACGAUGAGGAUGAGGAGCGCCUCCUGGUGGACUGGUUCACUCUGAUUCACGAUAAACAUCAUUUAGUGCGACGUGAAGCCGAGCUGGUCUACACUGCGAAGCAGCAGAACCUGGAGGAAAGACAAGCUGAUGUGGAGUAUGAGCUGAGGUGUCUUCUCAACAAACCAGAGAAAGACUGGACCGAGGAGGACAAGAGUCGGGAACAGGAGCUAAUGGCAGAGCUAGUUACCAUCAUUGAACAGCGCAACCAAAUAGUUAACAGCAUGGAUCAGGAGCGACAGAGGGAAGAAGAAGAAGACAAACUAAUGGAGGCCAUGCUGAAGAAAAAAGACUUUCACAAGGAUCCAGACAGUGACCACCAGAAGAAAAAAGGGACAAAGUUUAAACCUAUCAAGGUGCUAAAGAGGCUGAGCCAUAAAGGAGACGCAGGAAAGAGCCACAGCCCUCGCAAGGACAAAAGUUGAGGAGCAGGGACUGUUGGACUGUUUUAACAAGACUAAAUGAGUUUUUAUUAAAAGCUGAAUUAUGAAACAUAUCAGAUCAAGAAGAGAAACUUCCCUUUCCACCAUGGCAUCUGCUCACAAUCCUUCUAAAACGGCUGCAGUGACUGUUUCCAUCUGUCUGUGUUUCAAAGCGACGGUCUAACAAGCAAGCGGUGUUGCUCAGUGAACCAUGAAGGCUCGGCAGAGGACCAUGUUUUAAAUUUUUUGUUUCAACUUGACGCCUGAGACCCAACAGUCAUGGUUUUAUUGUAGGGAUGCCCCGAUCUGAACUUUGUGGGAGUGGAUCCGAUCUCUGGUUUCUGUAAUGCUUUGACCUUCUGAAACGGUUUUCAUCCAUAUCCAGGUUUACUUGGGGGGCAUGAGAAGAGUAUUCUCUAAGAAAAAAAAAUGCAUUAAAAACAUUUUUUUACACAUUUCUUGCCCUAAACAGUCAUUAACAGUUAAUCUUGGAAACAGAGACAGUUUCAGACUGUAUCUGAGAAUAUAUAGUAAUAAAUAUAAUGACAAAUUGAUAUUGAAGGCUGGAAAGAAUAGAACAGGCCAACUACAGAUAGGGGGGGCACCUAUUGCAGUUUUCUGGCCAAUCGCUGAUUACUUAUCUUGAAAAAGCCUGACCUGCCGAUUUCGAUUUUAGCUCCAAUUAUUAAUUUUUUUCUCUGACAUGUUGCUGAGUUGGCAACAGUGGGGUGACUGUUGUUAACUGCAAACCUGCAGACAUGCCCUGGUGGGCUGGUGAAUCAGUCAAACUUCUCACAGCAGAAAAGAAGUAGUGGCUGAUUUUUAGGCCUUUCCUGAGGUAGAUGAUUGGGAGACGAGACUGACUUCACAUGUAUCGGAUGAUCACCGAUCUCCCAAAAUUAAGGAAAUCUGCGCUGUUACAUCGGUGCACUAAUCUAUGAUGCAAUUCAUUCAGCCUUCCUGUUACCUUCUGAAUGUGCCGCUCUCUCUUGUUCUCCUGCAGCCUUAUUUGCAAAAACAUUUUUUGUUUUCAACAGAGUUCUUGGAGCUUCUUCUGACUACAUUUUAAACAUCCCACAGCUACAGAAAAUACUCUCUAUACAGUAACGGUGUCCACACCUGAGAUUUUUCUUACUCUGACCUGAUGGUGCAGAGGUACAGUGCAUUCACUGAUCGGUAAAAACAUCACGUGUUUGAGUUUCAGUUUGGCUACUCAUAGGUCAAAGCCUUUAAAGGCCAAAAAUGGUCAACUUACAGAUAAUGUUAACUGAUUUGACCUCAAUAUCACCUUUACUCCUUAGGAGAGAAGAUGGAGUUUUUAUGUUUCAACCCGUUUGGUUUGAAUUGGUGGUACUGUUUUUUUUUUUUUUUUUUAAAUUUUUUUUUUUUUAGGAUUGUGUUUUUGCUUUAAACUGCAGCAUUUUCCAUUGAAAAACUCAACCAGCAAAGUAUACCUAAAGAAUUCCAGCUGCUAUAGUGUCUCUGAAAUACUUGUCAUUUGUUUGUGCCUGUGCUGGAAACUUACAGUAUUUAUGUGAAGUGUGUGUUUGGAAAAAAGUGACAGGGAGAACAUGUUUUUUUUUAAAUAACCAGUAGCUCUGUUGUAGUUCUCAUAGCUAUCUGUCACACAUGCAAUAAUUAGAAAAGGACAGUAUAUCAAUAAGCAAAUUACCGUUUAAUAGGAGCUUUAUCAGGUUUAUGUAGGCUUCUUUAUGCAAUCAAUGACUUUCACAUUACAAAGCCUUGCUGUUUGUAUAUUGCCUUAAGGUUGAUAGGAAAUUGUAUUUAUGAUCUUGCUGUCUGAGUGCCAUUUAUUUAACUGCGCAUGUGGAUGAAGGUCUGUGAAGUUCAUGUAAAAGCGUGUGUUGUUGCUCUGCUCUUGUUUUUGUCAUUUAGCUCAACACUCCCUCUGUCAUCGCUCUGCCUCUGCUCUGUGCCUGAUUUUUGUCCAGCGUAAACCAAGGGCUUUCUGUCGCACAUCUUUCUCGUCUAUACUGUAUUCUGCAACAGCAGCCGGAUUAAAUAAAGUACUGACAGAUGUAGGGUGAAGAAUAAACCGAAUUUAUUUAUCCA